AUGGAGAGGCGUUCUUGGCCUAAGUUCGGUGAUUCCGUUCAAGAGGACGUCGGCACCAGACUCACCAUGGUUUCUACCGAGGAAAUCAUCUUUGAGCGACCAAGGGCUCUUGGACAUGUGGGAAGAAAGGAGACCCUUGGACCUCAAAUAGACCUUACAAGGACUUGGAUCAGCCUACCGAGUCCUUCUCUGAGAACCCAAACCCUUCAGACUCAUCAGCCACGGAUUGGAUGCAUAAGUACAAAGGCUCAAGUAAGCUUAUGCUCCUACCUGAGAACACUGAUCAGAUGUUUGGCAGUUGUUCCUCAAGGUGGAAACACAGGUCUUGUUGGAGAAAGUGUUCCUGUAUUUGAUGAGGUGAUUAUAAAUACUCAACGCAUGAAUAAUAUUAUUUCCUUUGACGAGGUGAGUGGUGUACUGGUAUGUGAAGCAGGAUGCAUACUGGAAAAUCUGAUUUCUUUCCUAGACAAACAAGGAUUUAUUAUGCCAUUAGAUUUAGGUGCAAAAGGAAGCUUCCAGAUUGGUGGAAAUGUUUCAACUAAUACUGGUGGCUUACGCCUUGUACGUUAUGGAUCUCUUCAUGGAACUGUUCUUGGUCUUGAAGUUGUUUUGGCAAAUGGUAAUGUGUUUGAAAUGCUUGGGAGUUUGCGAAAUCUUGUGAUGCAUAGUCGAUCGAAUAAAAGAGCGGUUGCGGAAGCUGGAGGGGUUCAGGUUGUGCUUGAUUUGAUUGGUUCGGGUGAUACGGAUACAUCGAUUCAGGUUGCAAUGUUUAUUAAGCUUCUUUUUUUCAAAAAUACCAUCCAAGAAUACGCAUCUAGUGAGACUGUUAGAGCUAUAACCGCUGCUUUCGAAAAAGAUUUAUGGGCUACAGGAACAGUUCAUGAGGAAUAUUUAAAAGCCCUAUAUGCACUUUUCGUAAACUUCCCACGUUUAAGAGCCUCUGAACCCGCAACAUUAAGCAUCCCACAUUUGGUGACGUCACUCAAAACCAGAUCAGAAGCAACACAAGAAUCUGCAUUGAACGCGCUAUUUCUUCUGAGGCUAGUGUGGUCUGCAGAUCCCAAUCAAACUUAA